AACGCGCCUGAACGCUCACGCGCCUUAGCGCCGCCGCUAAAAGGAGGCACGAAGAAGAAGACUGUGUUGCUAACGAUGGCAGCUAACCCGGAGCUCCGGAUGGACCAGCUCCCCUCAGACACGCUGCUCCACGUGCUGUCCUUCCUGAGCUUCAGGGACCUGAUCCGUUGUACUCAUGUCAGCAGGAGGCUCAAUGAUCUGUGUAAACACAACCCGCUGUGGAGGUCUCUCUGCUCCAAACACUGGCUGCUGACGGAGCUGUCUGACUGUCUGUCUGCCUGUCUGACUGCCUGUCUGCCUGUCCCCAGGCUGAUGGGCAGCAUGUCCUUGUCUAACCACUACCGCUCUGAGGUGCUGCUGGACGUGGAGACGGCGGCCGGCGGCUUCCAGCAGAGGACGGGCAUGCGGCGCUGCCUGCCGCUCACCUUCUGCUUCCACACCGGGCUCAGCCAGUACCUGGCCCUGCAGCCGGCCGAGGGCCGCCGCGCGCACGAGAGCUUCUACCCCUGCCCCGAUCAGACGGCUCAGGACCCUUCAGCCAUCGAUAUGUUCAUCACAGGUUCUUCUUUCUUUGAGUGGUUCACAGAUUACGUCCACAACGUCGUCACCGGAGAAUACUCCAUCAUCAGAGACCAGAUCUUCAGGUAUGUGCAUGAGCAGGGCUGUGUGGAGACCACGGGGCCCCUCACCGUCUCCGUGUCCACCUCCUUCCUGCCCGAGCUGUCGUCUGUCCACCCGCCACACUUCUUCUUCACCUACCGCAUCAGGAUAGAGAUGUCCAGCAGUGCGUCUCCAGACGCCGCCUGUCAGCUGGACAGCCGCUACUGGAAGAUCACGACCUCCGACGGCAACGUGGAGGAGGUGCAGGGGCCCGGCGUGGUCGGGGAGUUUCCCAUCAUGACACCUGGGAAAGUCCAUGAGUAUGCCAGCUGCACCACCUUCUCCACCCCGACGGAGUUCAUGGAGGGUCACUACACCUUCCACAGCCUGGCCAACAAGGAGGACGUGUUCCACGUCGCCAUCCCGCGCUUCCACAUGAUCUGCCCUCCCUUCAGGGAGCGGCUGGUCCGCACGCAGAAGGCGCCGCCCGGUUCCGCGUCUCGCUUCGAUGACGACGGCGAGUUCUGCGACGGAGACGGCGGCGACGACUUUGGCGACCUGAGAGGAAUCAACAUGGCCGCCCUGGAGGGGGCGUGGUGCCCGCGCCACAUCUGAGCCGUCGCCCGGCAACGGGGCGAUCGACACGCAGCCGGGGAUUCUGGGAAGGCGACCGGAGGCAUCGGCCCGCGGCGGCGAGAGGACGACCACUUCCUGUUUCUUGAGACUCGCGGUUCCUGUGAACUCUGGAGGAACCGCCCGGUUCUGGUUCUGGCCUCGGGGACCGGGACCUGCAGGGCCCACUUAGGCUCCUCGUUCCUGCACACAUGACCUUUACAAGCUGGGCUUUUAUUUUGAAAAGCCAGACGUGUUUCCUUUGCUGCGCUCUCGUGUGAUUGGUCGGUUUGUUUUGGGGUAAAUAAAUGACACCAACGUCAUCACAGGAAACACAAACCUCAAGGCUUUUAGUUUGAAGGCUCUGGGAGUCAUGCCUCUGAGGAAGUGUUUCCCUUCACAAUAAAAGCCUUUUCAAUGACGGGCA